AUGACCAGCCAGUCUCAAGGGAUCCAACAGCUCCUGCAAGCAGAGAAAAGGGCCAAGGACAAGCUAGAGGAAGCAAAGAAGAGAAAGGGGAAGCGACUGAAGCAAGCUAAGGAAGAAGCCAUGGCCGAGACUGACCAGUACAGAAUGCAGAGGGAGAAGGAGUUCCACCUGAAGCAGUCAAAGAUGAUGGGCUCCCAGAGCCACCUCUCAGAUGAAAUAGAAGAGCAAACACUAGAGAAGAUAAAAGAGUUGAACAGAAGCUACAACAAUUGUAUGGAAAGCGUAAUUAAGCAGCUGUUGAGCAUGGUGUGUGACCUGAAAGCUGAAGUCCAUGUGAACUACAGAGCCACUGACUGA